AUGAAUAGGAAGACAUAUGAGGAAAAACUCGCCAGGGUGCAAAGGCUAGUAGCCAUAGGCAUAACGGGAGCACAAAGAAGCACACCCCAGGCCACACUGGAUGUGCUGCUGAAUCUGAAACCACUGGAUCUGCACAUAAAAGGAUUAGCAGCUAAAAGUGCCCUCAGACUGAGGGAAACUGGUCUGUGGAAACAAUCCAACUAUGGGCACACCAGGAUACUAAGGAAGAUAGAGAAUAUGGCGGAUAUAGUAGACAAAGGUGUACUGAAACAACGCACCGACUACACUACCGCCAGACUGACUUUUGAUAUAGACCUGAACAUCCUCAUACCAACGAGAGAGGACUGGGAAGAGAAUCCAGGAACAGUAAAUAACUUGAUCUUCACGGACGGGUCCGUAAAUGACAAACGGACGGGAGCGGGAGUAUACUUUGAAGUUCUGGGAAUAAAGGAAUCCUUGAGGCUUAGAAAUGGCUGCAAUAUAAUGCAAGCCAAGCUGCGGGCAAUAGAACGAACCGGGGAACUAAUCCGAUGCAGAGAUGAAACGAUGCGUGACAUAACAAUCUACAUGGAUAGCCAAGCGACUCUGAGAUCACUGUCGUCUACGGCAGUGAGAUCUAGAUCAGUGGUGAGCUGUCACGAAACCCUGUCAUGGAUUUGUGACCAAAAGGUUAGACUCUGUUGGAUACCUGGACACAGCAAUGUAAAAGGGAAUCAAAUGGCAGACAAACUUGCCAAAUUGGGAACGACCAGGAGCGGGAACGAAACGGUGGGCUUGCCACUACCACCGAUCAAAUUGCUGAGAGACACGAUAGAUAGAAUAUUAGAGGGAGAGCACGGCAAGAGAUGGAGUAAUAGAGAUGACUGUGUCAUCUCACGCUCCUUGUGGGCGGUGCUACAGAAGAGGAAGACAACAGAACUGCUAGGCUAUGGGAAAGCCUCGAUCCGAAGGGUCGUAGCAGUGAUUACCGGUCACUGCACAGUAGGCUCUAUACUCAGAAAAAUGGGUAUCAGAACCGACCGAUGA